GAGAGUGGAGGGCGCCCCGAGAUCGGAAGGCUGCGGGGGGCGCACAGCUGUCGGGUCCGCCGUCUCAGUGCCGCCCCCCCUCCUAUCCCCGCCCGUCCCAUCAUCGCCCACCCCGCGGCUGCUGUCGCGGCUGCGAAAUGACUUCAAUUAACGGAGAGCCGAGACCGCCCCCCCCCCCCCCAUCCCAUCCCAUCCCGUCCCCCGGGACCCCCCCGGCCGCUCCCGGGGCUGCGGCCCCGUCUAUAAGAGGCGGAGGGCGGCGGUCGGGGGGCGGCGGCGGCGAUGGCAGCGCGGGCGGUGUUGGCGCUGCUGCUGCUGCUGCUCGGGGCCGAUCGCACCGCCCGCGCGUGUCCCGACCCCCCCCGGCCCGAUCCGCUGCCGGGCGGUCCCGGUGCCGCCGCCCCGUCGGGUCCGUCCGCUCUGAGCGCUCUGCUCCGCUCCAUGGGGCGCUCCCGGCACGGCGCGGCCCCGGAGCUGCAGCCGCAGAGGUUUCCCCGUGGGCCGGGGGCCCCUUCGUGGCUCAGCCCCCGCAGUUGGGAUCCCCCCUCUGCUCCAUUCUGGACCAUGGCCACACCGCAGCGCUUCGGCCGCCGCCGCUGAGCGUCCGUCCCCGGAGCUGUCCGUGGGUCCGUCCGCCUGCAUGGGUCUGUGUGAGUCCGUCUGUCCGUGGGUCACCCAAUAAAGUGGUGCCACCAAA